AACAAUCACGGCGCCCACAAUGACAGCCACAACUCCUGCGAAAAUAAAUCGUUCCAAUAGUUUUGUCAGUUCCCUCAAAUGGUGGCCAUUGCAGAGCAACAGCCACCAGCAGACAACAAAUAAUGGCAACAAUGAUGGAGGAGGUGGCGGCGGCGGUGGACUGGCUGGUUUCCGGGGCUUCAUACCAUUCAAUAAGACACACACCCAAACGACUUUUGGCAGUUCGGUGGCUGUGCAAAAGUUGCGUGAAUCCAAAUGGUUUGCACGUGAGGAGCAGCGCAUUUUUUGUGCCGUCGUUGAGUGCGGCUUCAUUGUGGAGUUACGCAGCAGUGCUGCGGUGGCACGCAAAUUAGCACAACAACAACAAAGGCGUCAACGUUUAUUAAGUUUAAGCCAGAAAAGGUCCAGCUCUCCUACUACAAACACCACCACCAUAAUUUCUAAUGGCAAAUCUUGUGGUGGCAUUGAAGAUUUAAGCGGCAAAUGCAACAAUGUUGCACAGACAAACACAAUAACAACAACAAAUAAUCAAAAUACCCAAGACAGAAUCUUGACAACAACAAGUGUUUCGUCAUCGGAUUACAGCAGUGAUUGUGGCAUUGCCGAUGUAGACGAUGAGUAUUUCGAUGAAGAUGAUUUGGAAUUGCAGGAUGAAAAUGAUACACCGAUACCCACAUGGUUCGGUAUUGUUUUGUGCAAAACUACAAAAGACAAUAAAACCAAACCCGAAACAAUUGAAAUAUUUUCUGUGAAAAUACGUGAAAAUGGUACCUUUAAAAUGUUAAAAAUGUCCCUGGAGGAUGUAUGGAAUAAUGGCUGGGAAUUGCGUAUUAAUAAUUUUGCCGAUAAGGAAAAGCCACCACACAAUGAAAAGGAUAUAAGAAAUCAGGUAUCCUUUGCACGCAAAGCCAAACAAAGCCUUUGGAAUAAUAAUCAGCAUUUUGUCUAUUGGUGUCGCUAUGGCAGUCGCCAGCAGGAUGUUCGAAAACGUCAAAUGUCGGAAUGUGUUAAGUGGGGCAGUGUGGGCAUGAAUGCGGGUAUGCUGCUGCUGAUGAACAAAAAAUCAUAUUCCACCUCAAAGUAA